AUGGCGGUGUUGCCGACUCUUUGGCUGCGGUACACUCUCUACGUCGGCGAUCUUCACCCGGAAACCACCGAAGCGGAUCUCGAAACCGUAUUUUCUAUGAUUGGUCCGUUGGACUCCUUCGGAAUUCGCAGAGAUGUUGUGUCCGGAAAAUCUCUUUGUUAUGGUUUUGUCAGCUUCUUUUGUAUCUCUCAUGCUUUAAAGGCCCUGGAAUUCCUAAACCAUACAACCUUGAGAGGAAAGCCGAUGAGGAUUAUGUGGUGGCAAAGAGAUAUAGUGCUAAUAAAGUCUGGGAUUGGGAAUGUUUUUGUCAAGAACCUUCCUCCUUCUGUGACUAGUGUUCAAUUAGAGAGCUUGUUUAGCAAAUAUGGCAUAAUACUGUCAUGCAAAGUCGCCGAGGAAAAUGGAAAGAGCAAAUGUUUCGGAUUUGUUCAAUUUGAAACACAUAAUUCAGCCAUUUCUGCUAUUAGUUCCCUUCAUGGAGCAGUGUUUGAAGGGAAGAAGUUAUAUGUGUCCAUAUUUAAGAAGAAAGAAGAGAGGAUGAUGGAUCUAUUUAAUGAGCAAAAGUUCACUAAUGUGUAUGUAAAAAAUUUCGGUUACAACAUGACAGAGGAGCUCCUAAGAGAGAUGUUUAGCGUAUAUGGGAAUAUCAACCGUGCUGUUAUUAUGAGGGAUGAAGAAGGAAAUUCAAGAGGCUUUGGCUUUGUCAAUUUUGAUUUUGAUGAAGAUGCUAGGAAGGCGGUUGAGGUUAUUAAUGGUCAAGUAAUAGGAUCAAAGAAGUUGUAUGUUGGAAGGGCACAGAAAAAGGCUGAAAGAGAAAGGCUCUUGAGAAUUAUCCGGUACCACACACAUGAAGGGAUGUGUUGA